GGCUACAGAUGGGCUGAUGGUGGAGGCGCGCGCCUGAAGCAGGAGGAUCAGUAUGGCUCACAUCAAACCCACGAUGUCCGUUGAUGUGGAGAGUCGGAGGCGACGGUCCACCGAAAGCUCUGAGCCCUUCUUGGACCAUGACCCUAAAGGUCGCCGCUGUAGCUCCCAAUGUGACAGACUGUGUGUAGCCGGAGCAUAUCAUGAGAUCCCAGAUACUCCUUCACCCUGCACAUCUCAGUAUUUCGGACAUUACACUCCGAAAUGCCUCUCUGCCCACAGGCAUUCCAUGCAUGCACGAUGCCCAGAAGACAUUUGGCAGGAGGCGAGUAUCAGAACCUCUAUCCGAGCAGAAAAUGAGGUGGAGGCACACAAAGUUGCCAACAAUUACAAGUUUGGUUUCAGGAAAUGGAAGAGUCAUGUAACUGAGCGACCAAUCGAGGACCGAUCUGAUGUAGUUAAGGAGCUUUAUUCUGAGCUCAACUAUGUCAAACAACUUUCAGGAUCUCUGGUCACUGCUGGAAAUAUAGUAUAUGUGUUGCUUUUUGGGUGGUGGAUCUCCUUGUUUUAUUUUUUGGUUAGUUUGCUGAUGUUUUUCACCAUUGCUGGCAUCCCAUAUGGUAAACUCUGUUUGCAGCUGUCAGGUUAUUUCCUAUGGCCAUUUGGAAAGGCAUUGCAGAAAAGCAGCAGUCUGGUUAGGAAAUGUUGUUUGAAAUUCCCCCAUUGUGAGGCCAUUCCAGAGGAGGUGGAUGAGGUGAAGGAGCCUUUCAAAGAGUCCACACCUCUGCUGCACACCGCUCCUGCUGUGACCAAUGAAAUCCCUGUGCCUGCACCACCCAUCAAGCCCACGCGUUACUGGUGUCGAUUAAGUACAUAUGUUUGGCUGAUACUGGGUUACCCUCUGCUGGCUGUGGUUCAUUGCCUGGCCAUGUUCCUGUCCUGGAUUAUAGUGUUCACCAUCCCCGUGUCAAAGAUGAACGCCAGGACCUUAAGCCUCAUCCUGCUCAUGCCACCAGAAGAGGUCAAAGUUCGGAAUGUAAAAAAGCCACAAGGCUGUGAGACCAGAGUUCUGCUUUGCUGUUACCGAGCCUUCAACUGGUACUAUUACAAAUACACUGUGGAUGGGAUCAAUGUGUUUGCUGUCAACCUGUUGCCGCUGGUUAUCAUCACUCUAAUAAUCGGCUAUAUGGACAGAGAGAAUUACUUUGUGAGCUCAGAAGUAAAGUUUGCCACAGCAUUGAUCUCCAUUAUCCCAUUGUCUUACUACAUCGGGAUGGGAAUAGCAAGUAUUUCCGCACAGAGUAACUUUGCAGUGGGAGCGGUAGUAAACGCCACGUUCGGCUCCAUUACGGAGAUGGCCUUCUACAUCACAGCUUUACUCCAGGGUCAGCGUGCAGGAAACCAGUGUUACGCAGAGAUCGUCAAAUCUGCUCUCACAGGCACCCUGCUGGGCUGCAUCCUCUUCAUACCGGGGAUCUGUAUGAUCAUUGGCGGCUUUAAACACAGUGAGCAACGGUUCAACAGCAGGUCAGCAGGUGUCAGUUCAGCCCUGCUCUUCAUAUCAGUAGGAGGUGUUUUCGCCCCCACGCUCUUUUCGAAGGCUUAUGGAAAUUUUAUAUGCGAGGGCUGCAACAACCCUGCUGGUAACAUCUCAAAGCCCUUCAUAUGCAACAACUGCCACUACGACCUGAGUGAAAACAACCGACCUCUGUUUUUGAGUCAUAUCGAGCCUUUAGUGUACACCGUCUCUGUCCUGUUGCCUGCUGCGUAUCUGGUUGGGCUGAUCUUCACCCUCAAGACUCAUUCGCACAUUUAUGACAUCCACGUCAGCGAUGGACACUGUCACGUUAUUAGUGAUCAUAGCGCAGUGGUUCACUGGUCGAGGACGAGAGCUUUAGUGGUGCUCAUUUUGGCUACUGUAUUGAUGGCUGCUUGUGCUGAUCUGAGCACCGAACACAUUAAGCCUAUCAUAUCCAACUCCAGUGUCUCACAGUAUUUUAUUGGAGUUACUAUAAUAGCCAUGGUUCCUGAGCUUCCUGAGAUAGUCAAUGGCAUCCAGUUUGCCCUUCAAAACAACAUCAGUCUCAGUCUGGAAGUGGGAAGCUGUUUAGCAGUUCAGGUGUGCAUGUUGCAGAUCCCGCUACUCAUCCUGUUCAAUGCUUUUUACGAUGUUGGAUUCGUUCUCAUAUUCAGCGAUUUGCACCUCUGGGCGAGCAUCUUCAGCGUUAUCCUGGUAAACUACAUAUUUAUGGAUGGAAAGUCAGACUAUUUCCAAGGAACGGCUCUGGUGGUUGUUUACCUCAUUCUCCUGGCUUUGUAUUUUUUCGCACCUGCUCCUCUUGGAUGUUGAACGUUUUUUUUUUUGUUUUUUCUCCAAUAAUAUUUUAUUGUUGAAAUGUUUGUCUUUUGUAUAAGAAUGUUUUCCCAAAGAAUAGAAAUCAAUUCUUUCCUAGCGUGUGUCUAAAGCUGAAAGCAGUUUCACAAUGUUUACUUAAAUUAAAAUGUGCACCAAAAAAAUUAAUUCACGAAAAAAUAUAUAUUUAGCUA